GAGUACACAAUUAUAUAUCUAAUCUUUUUAUCUGAAACUCCAUGAUAGACGCAAAACGUAUUACGCUCCUUAAUAGAUCAAUUUGUCCAAAGAACCAUAUAUGAUUGGAUUAUAAAUAAAAUUUGAACGUAGUGAAAACGUUCUGAUGAAAUACAUUCAUUGAAAAACAAGAUCUGGUAUUCUGUCAUUGUUCUGUCGAUAAGAUAGACAAAUUCUUGAUCAGAAAGAAGAAGAUGUACCGUAGAAGAAUAUAAGCUGUGGUCAAUUGAUCGAACGAUUGGUGAUCGAGUGCUUUUGCUGUUCGGUAAGUGUGAAUGUGUGUUGUAUCAACGACGAUUAUUGUGCAAGUACCGAGUACUUGUCGAAACACGAAAGCUGAAAGUCGAUAGUAAUCCACGGUUCAGGAGAGUGGUAUAAGGUAACGGUCCCUUGCUGCUUUCGUCAUGUUGUCAAAAUUGAUGAGGAAGACAAAGUUGACGGGAGAUGCUCACUGAUAUGGAGGUUGUUGAGAAUUCCCUGGUCCGCGGGCCGCCUCUACUUGAAAGGUUUCCCGGAAGUUUUCACACGAGAAACACGCAAAAAGGUGUAAGUCGUCAGGCAACUAUCGGCUGUCCUGUCGGCUUCCUGAAAUUUUAACAUCGGUAUCACCUGAUUCCCGACUUGACUUGCUCAUUUCUUUUCCGCUGUUAAGUCCAUUGAGGUGUUCCCGCGGGAUUUGGCGAGCUGGCGAAGCCAGGACGUGACAUCGUACACUCGUCAUUCUCGGAGGAUACCGCAACACGUAUCAAAAUCAAUGAUACCCUCGCUGCGCGAGGACAAUAUUUCGCGAUGUUCUCGGUGUCUAAUUUAUGCACUGAAAUAUUGAGGAACAGGAGUAAAAGUUAUACAGCUGCCCAUAUACAUGCAGAAUGUAGCAAUUUAGCUAAUGACAAUGGAUGUCCACCAUCUCUUAGUAAAUUAUUGGAUGAACUGUUAAAUCCUAGUAAAGAUAUUGGUGAUAGAGAAACUAUCAACUGGUGUAAAUGGUUAAUAGCUAGUGGUCAUACUCCGGAGAAGUUUGCUAAAACAGUGAGAAUGUAUGAUAAUGCUACAACAUGUGGACUGGUUUGGACACCUAAUUUUGUAGCAUAUCGUUGUCGUACAUGUGGUAUAUCACCAUGUAUGUCCUUAUGUACAGAAUGUUUCAAAAAAGGCAAUCACUAUGGCCAUGAUUUCAAUAUGUUUUUAAGUCAAGCAGGUGGUGCUUGUGAUUGUGGUGACUCAUCCGUUAUGAAGGAAUCAGGAUUUUGUGAUAGACAUGGUCCAAAGGCCGCUGUUGAUAAGUCAGCUGCUCCGUCAAAUUUAAUGUGUGUGGCAGAAGCAAUGAUGCCUAGAAUAAUUCUUCGCCUUAUACAACACUUACGCGAGAAUUGUACUGUGGGUCGACGAAAUUAUGAAGCUGCAAUUCAAGAUGCAGAUGAAUAUCUAACAAUGCUCAUUGAUUUCAAUAAAAUGGGUGCAUUAAUGAGGCAUGUUAUGACAUCAGCUCUUACCAAUCCACAAAAGUAUAGAAGUCUUAUGGAUCCUACUGUAUCAACUGGAGAACCAGAAUAUGAUAGCUAUUGCCAAGAUAGUAACGAAAUAUAUCAAAAUGCAGUAAGGUCUUUGCCAAAUCCAGAGCCACCUGAUGAAUAUAAAGAGUGUGCAUCACUACAAGAACAUUUACAGCAUACUACUUUCUUAGAAGAAUUAAUGUUUUGGACAGUAGCUUAUCAAUUUCCACAGAAAUUAGUUUGUUUGCUAUUAAAUAUGUUACCGGAUCCAGAAUAUAAAGAAGCACUUACUCGUGCAUUUGUAUUACAUUACAGUAGAGUUUCAAUGAUGCUUGAACGUUCAACAGAUCCAGAUACUUUAAGCAACAAGGUGGUCCAUGUCAGUGUACAGCUAUUCAGUAAUGAAAGUUUAGCAUUGAAAAUGGUAGAUCAAUUAAAGUUGUUGCAUGUUAUGGUAAUAGCUUUAAAGUACAUGAUGAGUAAGAUAUUGAUUCAAAACACUUUACAUGAUCCAGAUAAAAAUUUUCAUUAUGUAGUAGACUGUGAACGACAAGUAAUGAAGGAACACUGUUAUUGGCCUAUUGUAUCAGAUUUAAAUAAUGUUCUUUCACAUAAGCCUAUAGCUGUUAGAUUUAUGAGCGAUGAUACACUUUUAGAAAUGUGGUUCGAUUUCCUAUCUAUGUUUCAAGGAAUGAACGUGAAUCAACGAGAAUUAAAUCAACAUGUUGAAUAUGAAUCUAAUACGUACUAUGCUGCAUUUAGUGCCGAGUUAGAAGCUAGUGCAUAUCCCAUGUGGGCUUUAGUUUCUCAUUUACGUGGUCCUGAAAGUGCUGCUCUUACUCGUAGGGUGCUAUCAUUUUGUCUCACGGCAUUACAAGAUUGGUUAGACGCCAUAAAUUUCACUCAUCCAAAUGUGAGUGACAGUUUACAAGUAUCAUUUCAUCUACCAUUGCAUCGGUACUUUGCUGUGUUUAUGUGCCAAGCUGUGCGUCAACAAGGAGCUACCCUAAAUGAUUUAUUACCUCCUACUGAUAUGUUACAUCUUCUAAUGAUGCAUCCUUUACGAGUUCAGGUUGCGUUUUAUGAAAUUUUAAAUGGAUUGUGGGUGCGUAAUGGUCUCCAAAUAAAAGGUCAAAUUAUGACAUACAUACAGUGCAAUUUUUGUAACUCGAUGGUAGAUGCAGAUCUUUAUCUACUUCAAGUUUGUGCAACAAAGCUACAACCAGAUGUUUUUCUAAAAACAAUCGUUAAAAAGUUUCAUAUAAAACAAGAGAUGAGUCUUUGUUUGUAUAGAACUCAAAAUGAAUACAUGGAUGGAGAACAUGACACACCAAUGUUAGAAAGUUUUUUAACAUUUCUAGCUAUAUUGGUUAAUGUUCGGACAAAUUUAGGUUUAUCUGACCCUGAAAUGUCCCGCCUAGAAAUGGUUACUUUAUUAUCUAUGGGAGAUAAAACCCAUAGUCAAUUAAUGGAGUUAAUGCCCGAACGUUCUGGUAGUACCCAAAAUAGAGAUUUCGAAUCUGUAUUAUCUGAUGUUGCAGUGUACAGAGCACCUAAUCUUGAAGCUAGUGGAAAUAUGCAGCAAGGAAUGUAUGGUCCAAAACCACGUCUAGUUUGGGAAGAAUUAUUUGAUCCUUUACAUGUUUUAUUAAGAGCAGCACAAAAAGGAGAUUUCCAGAUGGCAAUGGAUCGCUUUACUGAAUAUGUAAAACAAUCAGGAAAAUUGAAAAAUAGUGCAAUUCCAUGGCCACCAUUUAGGCAUCCUGCUCCUGUUUCACCAGCAUAUGAUGAUCCACGAAUUGUACUACGAUCAAGAGUUUUUCAUGCUAUGAUUUUAAUAAUUUUAUAUAAGGCUGUGUAUGGACACAACAUAUCAGAGCAUGUAAUGGCACUGACUAUUUACUUAUUAGAAAUGGCAGUAAUUACUGCAGAAAUACCUGAUAAAUCUAUGAAUCCUUUGUGUCAAUAUAGUAGUAGUGACGAAUCAUCUCGUAUAAUAAAAGAUAUGGAUCUAGGUGGUUGGUACAAAAGUGAUGAUUUAUCAGAAAAUUUGAGGACAGUGAUACCUCAAGUCAUCCUGAUCCAAGAGUCGGAGCCAAGUAAUUCAGAUAGUGAUUUUGAGUGGGAAAUUCAAGGUGAAAUGGCUGAGGUUGGAACUUCACUCAUGAUAAAUGAUGCAACAGAUGAGGGUUCCUUAGAAGUUUUAGCUCUUCCAUCUUUAGAUACUAUUACUAAUGACACUGGGUUACAGAUUGCUGUGAAUGCUUCUUUACCUGCUUUACCUCAACCAAAUGACCAAUUUCAAAUAACUUUUGUACCUGAAGAUGGAAUUGUUACUAUAUCAGAAGCUAAUAGUGAAGAUGAUUUAAUACCUCUACAAAGAGCUUUGCCAUCAACCACCGAAGAAUCCAUGGCCCUUGCCAUUGAAUCACCUCCUUUACUAAACAAUAUUGGUGGUCAACCUGCAUUGCCACCUACACCUCAACGGCCUGCUGUUAUGGCUGGUAAUGAAAUAGUUGCUGCACCCACAGUGUACUCAAGACUGAGUAAUUCUAGAGUAACAACAACAGAAAUUGUUCCAUCUACAUCAAGUUCAUAUAAACAUUUCAAAAGAAGAGAUGCUCAGGGUGGAUCAUUACAAUCACAAACUGUAAAAGUAAACGAGAGUAUAAUCACAUUAUUGUUAAAAUUGCAUUCACAGUUGUCAGGUAUUCCAGAUAGUUAUAACCCUGAACAAAUUGCAAUGUCAGAUAAUGAAGCUAGUAGCAGUUCAACCAUAGAACCAACAGAAUCGCGAAUUGGUGAUGGUCCGUUCUUUAUCGCGCAAAUACUGAACAAAAUUACAAAUUUAGAUCCUAUGUGCAAAGAUGCUAUAAAUGAAGCUAGGAACAAAUUAUGGCCAAGUAUGCAGGAAAGCGAAGAUAAACAGCGAGAGAAAGAAGAUCGAGAAAGAGAAGAAAGACGAAGACGGGCGAAAGAAAGACAGCAAAAAUUAAUGGCAGAAUUUGCCAAUAAACGAAAGCAAUUCAUGGAAAAAGCAAUGGAAACAGAUGAAGCAGGGGUAUCGGGUAUGGAUUGGGAUCAAAAAGAUAAUACGACUAAACUAACUAGCAAAAAAGAAUACGAUUGCGUUAUUUGCAGUCAGAGUAGUCCUAGUACUGAAGAUAAUCCUAUGGGUCUUGUUGUAUUAGUUCAAGGGACAAGUGUGAUUGGUCAUGAACGACAGCAACCAGAUAGAUUGCUUUUACCUACUUCUGAUGAUGAUCCGCCUAUACCAAAGUGUGAUACACGUGGUGCCUAUUUUGACCGUAGAAUGGAUGCAAUGGACCGACAUUUUGAUACUAUUUCGUUGCUGUUAUCCGUUAAUCUAGGUUGGGAAGGUGGUGUAUAUGUGCAAACGUGUGGACAUCAUUUACAUUUAGAUUGUUUAUUGCCAUAUGUAAAGUCUCUGGGUCACCAACAAAGGCAGCUUUCUCUUGCUGUAGAUAGUGGCGAGUAUCUAUGUCCACUUUGUCGACAGUUAGCUAAUUGUUUUCUUCCACUUUCUCCUCAAUUGGGGAAGCGUGGAACAAUCGUCCGAUCUCCUUACGUCCCUUUCACUACACUACUCCCAGAGAUAAAUAAUCUUCUAAAAGAGGUACAACGAAACCCAUCAACAAGACGAACAUUUUUGUCUGAAGCAAUGCGUAAAGCAGUACAGGAUAUGACAAGAUGCACAAAUUCUAAGUGUCAACAACAACAUAGUUACAAGAGUUUGUUCGUUUUCAUAACUUCUAUAGCACGAACUAAUUUUGAAAUUGAACUUGUUCAACGUGGUGGAUCAUUAUGUAUUCCACCACCUACUACGAUACCUUUAAGGCCAAAACGUGAUUGCAUUGUUGCACUUCUUGAUGUUCUGGCAAAAAAUGCACGUCUAUGUAUGAUUUGGCCGGUACAACACACAUGGCAACAAUUAUCUGGUUUGCCUCCAGAGCCUGCAACUCCACUCGCAUUAACAUUACACGAGGGAGAAGUCCCCUUACUUCUCAGAGAUCCGACUGCUCUUCUUAUACAGUUUAUAUUAUUGUUACCUUUGCAUGCCGAUCAAGCGUAUUUCUCUAGUGUAGUAAAAGUAAUAUACAACUUAUUGUACUAUCAAGUUAUAAUACAAAUAAGCGGUGGUCUCACACAAGCAGAGAGAAAUACAUUUUUAGGAGAUACAUUUUUAAGAGAAUGCAUCGAGCGCGGUCCUAUAUCUUCUGAAACUAUAUUCUGCAAAAUCAUUGAAUAUUUCAAUAAUAGCCCACUCUACCAUUCAGAUACUGUUUUAUAUGAUCCAUCUACUUCAUCGUGUACACCAUAUGCACGAGAUAAAAUGCACAGUAUCGAACAACAGAUACAAUUUAUGUGUUUACCAUUUUUACGAGUAGCUGCAUUGCUCCGUUACCAUUUAUAUGAGGAACCAUUACCUAUAAUUAGAUCACCACAAACUGAAUUUGCGAGAUUAGUUCGUUAUUUGGAAUUAGUUACAGAAAAUAUGGAUUGGAACAUGUUUAACUCUGCUGUAGCUCUGAACUGGCAAGAUAGCGAAACUAGUAUAUCGGUGCCCCGUAUGUGGUGUGAUCAAUUCCUUGCUUUUGUAAAUCAAAGCGAUGCAGGCAGGUAUUUAAUUAUGGAACAGCAUGUGUCGUGGCAAGUACCCAAGUUACUGAGCCUUCCAAGGGAAUAUGAGAAGAUUUUCACAUAUUAUCAUGGAAGACAGUGUCGUCAAGGUCAUUCAAUUCCUCAGGAGAUUAGUAUCUGUUUAUUGUGUGGUGCCAUCGUUUGUUUAAAACAAAAUCGCAAGCAGUGGAAUGUAUGCGAGGUUGUUCAACAUUCGAUAGAUUGUGGAGGUGGAACUGGUAUAUAUUUGGUGGUAACAUCAACCUAUAUUGUAGUAAUUCGUGGUCAACGUGUCUGUUUAUGGGGAUCUUUAUAUCUCGAUGAUUUUGAGGAAGAAGAUAGAGAUCUGAAACGCGGGAAACCUCUGUACCUAAAUCAAGAUAGGUACCAAUUGUUAGAACAGCAAUGGCUAGCGCAUAGGUUUGACCAUACGAAAAAAACAUGGGUAUGGCAUCGUGACAUACUGUAACAUUUUACAGUGUUGAAAAGUACUUACUCUAAAAUGAGUAGAAGACUUUCAACAGGUUUAUUUCCAUACAAUGCCUCGCCAAGAAAUAACAUCGCUUUAAGAAUUAACAGAUUGCUCUAAUAUACUUUAUGGAUAAUUAUAUUUAUUAUGAUGCAAUGAGUAAGUAGACAUAAUAUUGAAUGAAAGUAUUACGAGAAAAAAAUGAGGUGAGAGCUGAAUUAUUAUUGUUUAUAGUCAUAAUACAUGAAAGAUUAUAUCCGAAGAAAUUUAUGUUUUGAAUUACACAUUGUACAUUCUAUUUAAGUAUAUACAUAUAAAUUAUGUCCUAAUAAAAAAAAUACUUUUUAGUGUGUAGCAUUUGUACUUAAGACACGAGAACUAUUCAAUUCUUUUAAUCGAAAUUUCGGUUACGCUAAGAAUUAGAUAAAUUAUAUCAUUGAAGAUAAAUAUCAUUAUUAAUGAAAUCAUAAUUUUGUCUGUUAAGGAGGAUUGAAUUUAUUGUUUGCUUCUUUUUAAUGUAGGGAAAAUAUGGAAAGAAAAUCCGUUAUAUCCUAUAAUUUAUUAUCAUAAUUACUCUGUUAAUUACAAAAAAAUCUUGAUUCAAAAUUUUCUUUGCAUCCGGAUUAUUCAGAAAUAGAAUAUUUUAUAAUUCAUUAAUAAAUCAAGAAAAAUACUAAGGAUUAUAUUAGAUCUACAAUCUAUAAACAUGACAAAAUCAAAGACUGAAGUCUUUAUAAGAACUUUAUCUCUGAAUAAAUUUAAUAACAAGCUCGAAUUUAAAUCCCUAUAUAAUUUUGUUGCAACUCAUAACACGUUUUACUCUGAUUCUAAAUUUAUAUAAGCAAGGUAGAAGUAUUGAUCAUGCAUGAAUUUUUAAUUAGAAGGUAAAGGGGUAAUUGUCAUGUUAAAUUGGCGGAGAUGUUAAGAAAUAAUUUUCUAGAAUGACACAUUAACUGUAACAAGAACGGCAUGCAAAUUAUGUUUGGAAUAUUAAAUUAACACGUGUUUUUAUUGUUAAAAGAUCCUGUGUCAGCAAUGUAGUAGUAAGUGAGAUUGUUAUUAACACCAUAAACGAUAUUGUAAAACCUUCUCUUGUAAAAAUAGUUUUUGUUCUAAUUUAAUAAUGUGAAUUUUUCGCAACAGUUCAUGAGAAACUAUAGGAAAUCCUUCACCGAUCAGUGAACUCGAGAUUCAAACAAUAUUUGAUGCAUUAUUUUUCUGUAUGCAUAUUUAUGGGCUGUGUAUAUGAACCUAUAAACUCAUUUUAUUGAACGAACUAUUUAUCUACUCGCUGAUUUUUUUUCGCACCGGUGCAUAAAUGCUAAGUAAUUGUACUGUGGCAAUUAAGUUGUUAUUGUUUUUGAAGAAGCAAUUUAUAUGCACACAUUUAACUAAAAACUGAUCUUAAAUCUUUGUUAGCAUACAUUUCGAUUUUUAAUAAAUUAGUAUUUAUGACAAAAAUGUUUUCCGUUUGAGACUUCAAUUUUUGUGAAACUAUGAUUACACAGGCAAAAAAUUGCUUCUUCCAAAUUAUAGAUCACUGUAAAUGUGUAAUAAUGAUAGGACGCCACAUAGUAGAAUUACUGGUUAACUCAAGAUGAUCUGUACAUAGUUAAUUAUUUUUACGAAUGUCCGCUUAUAAUGUUAAAAAUUUGCGAAUAAUACAAUAAGAAGUGCUAAAAAAUAAAUAAUAAUAGCAAUUAUCAACUCUGUUCAAUGUAUAAAUAAAAGCAAUUCUAUUAAAUGAAAAGAUUGCCUUAUAA